AGGUAUUACAAUUUGUGCCAAGAUGACAACUACCUCAGAAAGCUCUAACCCCACACAUGAGAAAGUCAAUUUUAUCGAGAGUGUCUUACAGGAGCGCCCUCCAGAGGAAACUUGUGAAAAGUUUUACCAAAAAUGGGCAGCGACUUAUGAUGAAGACAUGAUUGAUACAGAAAUGUAUGGGCCUAAGACUGUAGUAGAAGAAUUCGUGGAACUGGGGCUGGGCAAAAAUGUUCGUAUUUUAGACGUCGGAGCUGGAACUGGAUGUGUAGCUAGCUUACUACAGAAACACGGCUAUACAAAUAUUGAUGCUUUAGACGGAUCCAUUGACAUGCUGGAGGUAGCUAAAUCCAGAGAUCUUUACAGGAAUUAUAUCGUAGAUAUUGUUUCAGAAGAAAGAAAAACCACCAUAAAAGACGGUAAGUAA